AUGGUUGCAGUGUUGGAAAGAGGACUAAGCGCUUCCAAAUCAUUCAAUAUUAAAAGAAUGUUUCAUUCAUUGUCUACAAGACAACAACAACAACAACAACCUCAAACCCUUGUCGUGGAGAACGGUGAUUCUCAUCUUGUCGAAUCCAAGACACCUGAAAGCCAAAACUCCGACUGCUUCACAGAAAGCCCCGUUGAAAGCAUGCCUCCCAUGAUUUCCCCUCUUACUCGGCCCGGAAAACGACCCGAGAGACAACAAGCAGAUACUGAAUUGAAGGACAGGUUUGCGAAAUUACUACUUGGAGAAGAUAUGUCGGGUGGUGGAAAAGGCGUAUCUUCUGCUCUUGCUCUUUCCAACGCCAUCACAAAUCUUGCUGCGUCUAUAUUCGGGGAACAGACAAAGCUGCAACCGAUGCCACAAGAUAGACAAGCGAGGUGGAAGAAAGAAAUUGAAUGGUUGUUGUCUGUGACCGAUCAUAUCGUCGAGUUCGUUCCUUCUCAACAAACGAGCAAAGAUGGAGUCUGCACCGAGAUUAUGGUGACAAGACAAAGAGGUGAUCUUCUCAUGAACAUCCCAGCCCUUCGAAAACUAGACGCCAUGCUAAUCGAUACACUAGACAAUUUCAGAGGACACAACGAGUUUUAUUAUGUGUCGAGAGAUUCAGAAGAAGGGAAACAAGCAAGUAAUGCUAGGUCAAACGACAAAUGGUGGCUCCCUCCAGUGAAAGUUCCUCCCGGCGGUUUAUCUGAACCGGCUCGGAAAAUGCUUUACUUCCAAAAGGAUUCAGUCACACAGGUCCAAAAAGCUGCGAUGGCUAUUAAUGCUCAAGUCCUCUCUGAAAUGGCAAUACCUGAGAGCUACAUCGACUCUCUCCCAAAGAACGGGAGAUCAAGUCUUGGGGAUUCGAUCUACAAGAGCAUAACAGAGGAGUGGUUUGAUCCAGCGCAGUUCUUGUCGAUGUUGGACUUGUCGACAGAGCACAAAGUGUUGGAUUUGAAGAACAGGAUUGAGGCAUCUGUCGUUAUUUGGAAGAGGAAGCUUCACUUAAAGGACAACAAAUCGUCCUGGGGAUCAGCAGUUAGCUUGGGGAAAAGAGAAUUGUUUGAAGAGAGAGCAGAGACGAUCUUGAUCUUGCUCAAGCAGAAAUUUCCCGGUCUUCCUCAAUCUUCCCUUGACAUCUCUAAAAUUCAAUUUAAUAAGGACGUUGGACAAGCGGUGUUGGAGAGUUACUCGAGGAUUCUUGAGAGCUUGGCUUACACGGUGAUGUCAAGGAUAGAAGAUGUUCUUUAUACUGAUUCUUUGGCACAAAAGCAAGCUUUAUUGGCUGAAGCAGACGCUGGGAGAACCAGUGAGACGGAUUCAGAGUCAGCGGGAUCUUCUCACUCGGGAGAAGAAACCGAGAAGCUUGACCCACACUACUCCAAAACCUUGUUGGAUUUCAUGGGUUGGAGCGACAAUAGUUCUAAAGGCGGCGAUAAACCUACCAAAUCCCCAUCUCUUACGCCGAAAAAACUCUCCUACUUGGAGAAGUUAGAGAAUUUUAACGGUUUUAGAAGCCCCAAAGAUAGACAUUAAUCAUGAAAAUCCAUGUGUGGUGGUAAAUUCACAGGAGACAAGAGAGUUUAGCUAGGAAAAAGGAAUGGAAAGAGAGUAGUAGCAAAUGAAUUAUUCACACCCCCUUCCUUCCGGCUUUCUUCCUCGGAUAGGGAAUUCUUUAUCUUGCUUAAAAGGUUUAAAAUCUUUUAAACAAAAAGAUAACUCUAUGUCAAUAGGACAUGUUGUUUCAAAAUAUUUAAAUGAUGUAUUUGUUUUUUUUUGGUACUUCCAAAAUAGUUGAUAUUUAAUACGUUUA